AUGUACUUUUACUACAAGAAAUGGCAGCGCGAACCGGGCGGCGAGGAGAUGGGCGGAUUCACGCGCGUGCUGCACACGGGGAAGGAAGACGAGCUCAUGGGGGAAAUCCCGACCUUCGUCGUCAACCCGCUGCCGCCGCAACAACAAACGGUGCCACGGGCUAUACACGGAUGGCGGAGCCAGACCAUCUCAUCCUGCAUCCCAUCCCCAACCUCUCAGUCGGUGACAUGCCCUCCGAAUUUCUCGUUCCUCUUUCCCCGCCUCACCACGCUUCACCCCCCUCCCCCUUCCCAGGUACACAUGGAUGGCGGAGCCAGACCCUAUGUGUGGAUGGCGGAACCAGACCAUCUCAUCCUGCGCCCCAUCCCCAACCUCUCAGUGGGUGACAUGCCAUCCGCCUUCCCCUUCCAUUACAUCGAGCCCGCCAAGAAUAAAGAGGCACUUUACCGCUGGUUCCCCCCGGAAAAAGGCCCCAUUAACAAGAUCGACCCCAUCGGCAACUCCCCUGUUAUCAUCCACAAGCACCAGCUGCGGCGCAUGGCUCCGCUGUGGCACAACGUGACUCUCGAGAUGAAGGCGGAUCCAGUGGCUGACAAGGCGUUUGGAUGGGUGCUGGAAAUGUACGGAUAUGCCACGUCAGCUGCGCUGUUGGGGAUACAACACACUCUACACCGAAUGUGGAUGAUCCAGCCGCCAUGGGAUACUGAGCCCGGGGACUCCUACCUCAUCCACUACACAUAUGGCUGUGACUUCGCCCUCAAUGGCACAAUGACUCCAGGGGUGGUGGGCCCAUGGCAUUUUGACAAGAGAGAUUUCAACACAGCACCGCCUCGCAACCUCUCCCUCCCACCCAAAGGGGCUGCUCCCUCCGUUGUAAGCACUUCACCACCUUGCUCCGCUUCCCUCCCACCCCAUGGGGUUGCUCCCUCCGUUGUAAGCACAGCCCUUUCUGUCACUUGUUGGUGUUUUGUCUCAGAUUGCAGCAUCUGGUAG